AUGUCCAACGCAAGGCAUUGGGAGCAAGAUAAAGAGGCAACCGUGUACAUCGGAAACCUCGAUGAAAGGGUCUCAGACAGCCUAGUAUGGGAAUUGAUGCUGCAGGCUGGGCGCAUCGUCAAUGUCCAUCUGCCCAAAGACCGGGUCACGCAGUUGCACCAGGGGUAUGGAUUUGUCGAGUUCAUUAGCGAGGAAGAUGCCGAAUAUGCAUCAAAGAUCAUGAAUGGAAUCCGUCUUCAUGGCAAGCCCAUUCGUGUUAACAAGGCAUCAGCCGAUAAACAAAAGACUGUGGAAAUUGGCGCAGAGCUGUUUAUUGCCCGUGAUGACAACAAUCUCUCUAAGGGAUAUGGAUUUGUUUCUUUUGCCGAUUUCGAAUCCUCGGACGCGGCCAUUUCCAACAUGAAUGGCCAAUACCUGAUGAACAAACAGGUUUCGGUACAGUAUGCGUACAAGAAGGAUGGAAAAGGCGAAAGACAUGGCGAUGAAGCGGAGCGAAUGUUGGCAGCUCAGGCUCGUAAGCAUAAUGUACAGCCACCGACCCAGCAACCUCCGCAGUUCCCUGGCGCUGGCCCGGGUGUAUCAGCAACGCCUGUUAUGUCGAACAGCGACAGCUCUCGACCCUUGAGCACAGCCCCAUCACAAACACCUGAUCUAGGCAUGAACCGGAGCAUGCCACCAGUUAUGCCCUACCAGAGUGCGCCCCCUCCAAUGCCCUACCAAACCGUUCCCCCUCCAAACCGACAUGUUCCACCUCCCGUCCCUUCACUCAAUACCCCACCUCCCGGACUUCCAGCCCGACCUCCGCCUUCUCAAGCUGGUUAUGGUGGCCCACAGUCCUUUUUACCACCUGGAUUCAAUGGUGCAGGCCAGCCGCCCUUCGUCCCACAGGGUGCAGCCCCCCCUGGGUUUGGGCCGCCUGGAUUUGGACCUCCAGCUGGGGCCCCUUCAUUGCCACCGGGAUUCCAACAACCCGGAUACGGAGGUAAUCGGUGA